UCUCUUUCUUCUUCACACAUGUUUAUAUUUACAAGAGAAUUGUGCAAUAUUUCGAGGAUUAUAUUGAAACAUACUUGAAAAUUAGAAUGAGUGAAGGCAAGGAUCAGAAGCCGGGCGAUGGCAUCCGCUCCAUGCGCAGCACAGGAGUUUUCCGUUUGAUCAAUUUUGAGUUGUAUGCAAAGCCGAACGCCAUCAUUAUGGGACUGGGGCUGACCGCUAUUGCCGGAGUCUUUGGCUACAUUGCCUACAUGCGCUACAAGUACGAGAGCCUGGGCUACUACGUGGCCGUUAAGGACGACGGGCGCGAGGAGUUCAUCAAGAAGAAGUCCAACUGGGAGAGCUAGCUAGCUGGGAGGGCACAAGACUCGAAGAUCAUUUGUGGAAACACCUUUUAUUUACUUGGUAGCACAAUUUGGUACAUAAAUUUGUUGUUUGCUUGGGAA